CAGUACAAUAGAGCAUGACAACUAUGAUUUGCGGUAUCCGGUUUAUGCUUCUGACGUCUAUCGUGUGGCAGCAUGUAGCUGUCACCGAUGAGCCCAGCUGGAAAGCGAUGGUGAAUCUGUGCGCUGAGGCAGUGUUCCCAACGCUUCUGUUCCGUUGUCUCAACAAGUUGCUUUGGACAUUUGUAAAAAAGACAAGUUUUUGAUUGUUUCGCUGGCGAAAUAAAUUGAAGAAUCGCCGAAAAAGUAUUCUGCGAUCAUAUUGCGUGCUUCUAGAGUGAAGAUUGUUUCUUGCGGUCUGAUUUUUUUUUUCAACUUUAGCCUUUAUCUAGGGGGUGUUUCAUAAGCCCAGGAACAGAUGACAUUAAACAGGAAAUCGAACCAGCUGAAACAAAAAUGGAGGAAGAUUUUGAAACUAUGAGCAAAAAAAUUAAAACUGAGCUAUCCGAUGAGCUGGACAGCGGCUUAGACAUUAAACCAGAAUCUAUAGACAUUAAAAAUGUCAAUGAUGUCCCCUAUGUCAGUGAGAUCAAAUCCGAACCCAACGGAGAGUUGCCGUGUGAGAUCAAGUCUGAACCAAACGAUGAUAUGACCGGAGAGAUCAAAUCCGAACCCAAUGAGGAAUUCCCGUGUCAGAUCAAGAAGGAACCUAACGAGAAACAAAAGUUGUCUAUGGAACAGCUUAUGGCACAACGGGCCAGGUUUCGCCGAAAGCGAACUCCUUACAAUCGUCAUCAGUUACUAGAACUAGAGAAACAUUUUGCAGAGCAACAGUUUGUCAACUUCAAACAACGUGUCGCAAUAGCAGAAGGUCUUGAGCUGACUGAAAGACAGGUUAAAGUGUGGUUCCAGAACAGAAGGGCAAAGGACAAACGAAUAGAAGCCGGCCUCGCAUCGCCAUGGACUCAAUCAAGAUGGGCUACUGGGGCUGCUGGUAAUAUCAUUCCUAGUUUUCGUAAAUCGAUUGAUAAAUCAAAUGCAAAAACCUCAGUAGAAAGUGUGGAGAUAAAGAAAGAAGAAGGCGAAGAAAUAAAGAAGGAAGAUGCGGAUGCCGACGUAGUCAUUGUAGACAAGUCUAACAGGCCAGAAAAAAUGCGUCAAAAACGUACUAAUUUUACAACCGAGCAGCUUGAACUACUGGAAAAAGAAUUCACGGAAAAAAAGUACCUCAACUUCCUCGAGCGGUGUCAACUGGCUUCUGAGCUGAAGCUCAGUGAACAACAGGUACAAGUAUGGUUCCAAAACCGGCGAUCGAGGUGGAAAAAGCUGACCUCUGAAGCUGACAGUCCCGAAAGUAACAAGUACGUAAGCCUCCGUGGAUCGUAUGAUAAUGCGCCAGUCAAAAUUAAAGAUGAGCCCGAGUGGGAUGAAAACGAACCCUUGGAUUAUUCUGGCUUGCAACCGAUCAGUAACAAUUCUCCAGUACUGCACCAACUGAAAGCAGAUCCUAGCCAGAUUAUAGAUCAGCCGGUUAUCGAAAGAUCAGAACUUGAAAUGAUAAGUGAUGCUAUUCGGCGCCUUAUCCGGUGCUGAUGA